UCAGAUAAGAGGCGGUAAGCCCGACCAGGAAAUCUUCCUCCUCAGUAAAUAUGUUGUCGCAGGCUCUUCAAUUCCAAGUGUAACAGAUUUGAUCUUUUGCUUGUCUGCGGAGGUGAGUUAUCGUGAAUAGCUAUAGAUCAGAGAGAAGAACAAUUGGCGAAGCUUAAGGAAAGAUAAGAUCACUGCAGAUGAUUGCUGUUAGCUCAUAUAUGUCAGUCUCGCUUCACGUAUCUCACUUAUCGCUUCACGUAUCUCACGGCCCGUUGAUUUAUAUUCAAAUAGGAAUCACGUUUCAUGAAUCGAGGAACUGAUAUCCGCUAACAAAGUAUUCCAUCUUUGACAUAGAUGUCACAAUUUUUCUAACAGACGAACAUGCCUGUGCAUACCAUUAACUGUUCAAUUAUGGACCUCAACAACGAUUGGCAGUCUGACGGCUUUAAUUAUAUUUAUCUCUUUUUGAAUUUAUGUCACAAGAUGCAGGGCUUUCUUGUUUUCUCCUCCGCUUCACACAUGUCUUAAACAAAUUUGUCAAUGUUCUGAGGUGUUAGGUUCUCAAUGAUUUGAAGUGCAAAUUGAAACUAUUAACUGCUUAAUUUUAUGGCAACUUCAAAGAUUUUGCUGUUUGAUUAUUGUUAAACAAAGUUUUGUAAACUAUGUUAGGUAAACAUUGAAAUUUCAAAACAUUGUUUAAAUAAGUUUAUGAAUUCGGGAACUAGUCCGGCAAAUAAAUCAGUUGCAUCGCCCUUGACAAUGGUGAUAUUGAUAUUGAUAUUGAUUCAGUCGUGUUGCUGUGUCAUGUUCUAGUACACAGCAUUUCCAGGAGAAACCUGAUUCUUUCUUUAAUUCUUGUUAACGUAGUAUAUUUACGUGACAUGUUUAUCCUUUAUUAAGCAAAAAGUAGAAAUGUGACAAUGGUUCGAUGAUUUAUUGGCAGCUACUUGUUCUUGAGUGGGUUGGUCAGGGUAUAAGAUUUCGUCAAUAAUCUGGAAUUUUUAUCCUGAUUGUAAAAAAAAUCAAACAAUAUUUUUCAGGUCAGGUCGCAAAACGUACACAAUUUUGUACCAUAGAGCUGUCGGUAUUUUCUUACAUAGUUUAACUGUUUAUAUUAAUUUAUUGUUAACUUCACUUUCUGUUUGAUUUCCUUUCAUCGUAAUAGAACGUACGUAUAUCAAAUUUCAUUACUUUAUUGCAUUGAAUCGCAUUUCAUUGGAUUGCAUUGCGCUGCACUGGCCAGCAACUAUGUUAUUUAUCCUCCUUUGUUUUUUUUUUACAUCUGCUAUCUCCUUGUACCCUUCUGUAAGAUAUUGCUCGAUAUAAAAGCUUUUUUGAAAUAGAACAAGGUGCCAAACGUUCUACGCGAUCACACAAAAUAGUAUUAUUUUCAUUUUCUAUUCGGGAGAAGGGGUUACUAUAAAUAUUAGCCUACGCGAGGAGUUUGAAUUAUCUUUUAUGGGCUUCAGGUAUAUGAAAAGGAAGGGCUUUUUACGAGUUGGAGUAUGUGGAAGAGUAGGGAGAUUUUUAGUUCUAUUUAUGACCGUUAUUGAAAUGUUUCAAACAGAUGAUACAACGAUUUUAAAUUUUUGUAUAUUUUCUUAAUAUGUUUUAUUAACUUCAUUCUAAGGGUCUAGACAAGAGAUACAGUAAACUUAACUUUUGUGAAAAGGAUACCAUUUCUCGAUAUAAACUUUGCCAAAGAGGUACCUAAAAAGGGGAAGUAGUAUAGCGCCCUUACGAAACUUCGUUGAGCACCUUUGCAACCCUAGGUCCGGAUCGGACAGUGAAUUUAAGCAGGUGCUUCGGGUGUGGCGGAGAUGUCAGUUGAAAAUACAACCGAACAGUUACGUUUACUUUAUCUCCAAAGUAUUCCAGUUCAGAACAGUGAGGGUUUCAUCUUUUUAAAUCGGUGUGGCCAUUUUCUCACAUUCCUACAAACAGCUUUUUCAAAUUGAUCUGACGUGCGCCAGUAAUUACACUUAAUUAAAAUGUUUUAAUGAAUUUGUGUUAAGUACUAAACGACUAAUCAGGGAUAUCUGUGGAGCCCAGCAUGUUACACUUCGUUCUCAGUCAAUUUGAAUCAUAUCAAUCUUUAACUCACUGAGAAAGAUAUGGUCAGUGCUGUAUCCAGCCUCCUGAUGUGUUUGAAUGUUAAGAUAUAAUGGUAUCUUCUCAUUACGUUUAAAAUACUGAGUAUAGAUCCGUGAAUCCAAACUAAGGCUGAGGUAACACGCAAGAAAGUAUCUUUGGUUUUUAGUGAAGAUUUGACUGUUAACCAUAACCAUAAACGUCGACGAAUAUAAUGAACAAACGUUAGAUUUGACUGAUCGGCCACCAAAUUUCGCGCUCUUUCUGACCUUCAAAAAGGUUGUCGUGUUUUGCCGCUAAUUUCCUGCUGUGUCUUUAUCCCUUAACCAAUCACAGACCGUUUCACGAUUUACACCUGCUUAACUAUUUUAAAAGGUACUAAUUGUUGAAAAACAAUUCAUUUAUGAAAUCUAUCACAAAAUUCCUUCAUUCUGUUGAGUGUACUCAACUGUUGCGUAUUUACUAUCAAUCACUCCUUCAAAAGCUAAAAUAAUUGAGGUGGGUAGAGUCGCUGCGUUUUUGAAACCCACAAGAGCUAAAUUUAUCUUUGACGUUAUCUAAUGUUGCCUCACCAUUGGAUCUGAGCUGAAAAUUACACCACCUUGUUGAACAAAACAAGCGUAUUUCAAUUGACAGAUAAAUCUGUUGGUUGUCAUUUAAGUGUGAGUCGAUGAUUAUGUCUUACGCUAAGCGCAGUUCUUAACACGCUUUUUGUUGGCAAUAAGAGAACAACAAGACGCUGAAUUUAAUUCCAGCUAAGGCAGAACGAAAGAAAGUUAACGGAUAAAAUUGAGAUGCUGAAACAAAGAUCGCGCAAGUCACGCUGAAAAUGUAAGUCUGGAGCAAGUUGUAACAUGUUGAUUUGCUUGGGUGGGGUUCCUGGAGUUGAUUCACAAUAGCAUUUUUAAUUGUAAGUUAGUAUUGACCGUAGACGUGGUUAAAAAUAUUAUGCAACGGAAUUUAUGUAUCCCAAAUCACCACUGUGAUUUAAUAUAAUUUCCAGUGACUAAAACGUUGCGUUUCUUUCCAUGUCUGGGAGAAAAAUAGUGUUAAUCCUAGAAAAUAGUUCUUGUUUAAUUGCGCCUUUAGCUGCUGCAACAAACAACGGUAGAAUAUUUGAUUUUAACAAUGUCGGUUCGCAGUCUGGAAAGCGGUUGGGUUGCGACUGCUGCAGAAUAUAGGAGAACGAACCGGCGAAGGGAAAAAACGUAACAUUUACCUGUCUCAGGAAAACUGUUACUUAUUUUAUUUCAACUGAAAUGUGUGAAAAUAACAGGCCAAUAUUGAGUGUCGAAAUUAGAAAUUCGCUGUGAUCAUUGUCCACUGUGAUGGUAUUUAUUUUCCACUACUGAUGACUGAAUGUAGAAGCGCAAUACAGCUGGAUAUCUAUCUGACGCAGGAACUGACUGCUGAUUUGAGAGGAACUUAAAGCUGAGGAGAUUUGGAAAUCUUAUGGGCUCUUGCUAGUCUACAUUUCUUAAUGGCUACCCCAGAAUCGUAUUUGUAAGGGAUCGACCUGUUGUAAGAGUGGGGUGCUCCCUUAGAGUUAUUUUUUGCUGUGUAUGUGCCGCUGGCCUCUCAGAGCUCCUACCCUAUUGCAGUCUAUUCUGUGACCAAUUAUAGACCACAUCAUUUAGUCAAUUUUGGGAAAUAUGUAAUUUUCGCGAUCCCAAUGCAACUUAGUCACUUUCCAUUUAAGUAUGUACCUUUUACUGAAUGAAGAACACUUUACUUUUUAGCUACGGUACAAACAUUCUGGUACGUUUGCUAACCGUAAAUGUGAAGAACUUUUCUUACCCCAUUAGUCUGUUGUAAAGAAGAACCCCUCCCUGGGGGGAGGCUGCACCCCGGCCCUGGUGAAAAUGGGUGGAUCCGGCAUGUAAUUAUCUUUGCACAAAAUGGACUGAUUUGGCCAGAGAAUUGUGAGGACUCAAGGAGGCUAAUGUUCUUUUUUCUUUCUUUCCAUAUUUGUGUAAUAAAAACUGAUCGUGAAAUAUACUGAAGAAAUCAAUUUUUUACUAUCUUCACCAGAUGAUGUGACAGAACACUUAUCUCCCCGCAUGAGCUUGGCAGCCUCAGUUGCUCGAUACAUUUUAUCAAUGUCAAAGUUCGUUUCAACGUUCGAGAGUUUUUUUUUAAUUCUUCUUAUCUGCUGAUCUCCUCAUCUUAUGUUAAUAGCCAUUAGAAAACUCACGGCAAUGAUCAAGCAUCGCAUCAACCCAUGUGAAUCACUGAGUGACCUCUAUAGCUAACCUCCAAACCAUCUACAUUGGAGUAAUAAAAUGAAGCCACACCAAGGAGAAAAGCAGACGGAGAAGGCUUCCAACAUAAAACUUGGCAAAGGUGAGUUUUUGGUUCAAAAAACAACGAACAUUAUGUCGAGGAAGAAUUUUCGUUGUCUCGCUCCGUAGCUGGUCAUCCAACUCGUUUCAACCUAUAAGUAACUAAUUAACCUCUCUUUCAAGAGCAAACAAUUUCCAUGGUCUUAAGGGAAUGUACUUUAAUAAAAAAAGCACAUCCAUUCCCGAUUUUGUUUUUUGGCUUUUUUUGUUUGUUUGUUCGUUUUAAAGCGACCAAAAACUGGAUUAAUUUUUUCUCCGUUUUCAGAAAAAUUCUCACGCACGCGGAGCGUUGCACUUUAGAAUCGCUUUCAUCUGACCACAUGUAUCCGUGUCUCCUUGGAAGCGGAAAUUUUUUUUACCCUGAUUGACUUCGUCAAUAACUUCUUAAUAUAACAGAGAUACUGUUUGGUGGAGAAAAUUUGUUCCACACUUUUAUUACCUGGUGUAAUACCCGAGUUGUUGCUUAUUGACCGCUGAUUACUUUUCGACUUAGCCACAAGAUUCGGAAAUUUUUCUUCAAAUAAAGCUGCCAGAAAAUUUAAAAAGUUGUCGAGAAGCUACCGUUUUUUUAAUUAUUAUUGUUACCAAGAAGUUUCCGAAACGUUGCGGUCUGUUUUUUUUUUUUUUUUUUUUUUUUAAUUACGUGAUGGUCUUAAACUUCCCCUAAAUACUUGGGAUCAAUUUUGCCCGAACAACAUUUCCGACCACAAUUAGGAUUUUAUGGGACAAAAUCAGGAGCCGAUCGGCUCCUGACAAAAUUGCACCAAUUUUAGUUGGGACACAGUCCGCUAAUGAGCGAUUGAAAGAGAGACCUUUAUCCUCUCUUGCCGACUGCUGUUUGCAGCUACCGUCGACCACAAAAACUGGAAAAAGGAAAGUGAAAAAUUAAUUUCAGUAUUUUGUUAUCUCUCUUGGUUAUUUGCAUAAAGAUUCUGGACGGGUGAAAGUCUUCGUUCGAGUCCGACCCCCACGACCUCAAGAAACCAGCCGCAAGGAACCGAUAGCCGUGAAUGUUCAAGAGCUUUCUUCUCAGGUGAGGUUAAAAUGCCCCCUUAUAGGAUAGGAAACGUUUUUAUGCUGAUAAAAUUUACAUGUAACCCUGGUAACACCCACUUAUUUGUGGUAUUGUUUUUGCGGGGGAGAGAGAGAGAGACGUUUGUUGCUGGCCCCAGUCCCCAGGUCGUCAUGUCAGCGGAGAAGGACCUGGUGAUGAGAUGAAUUGUCGAUCAACGUUCCAUCACUUUGUAAACGUAGUGUUGUCUGUUGACUUGUAAUUUUAUCGCUUUAAAUGGCUCUUAAUAAUCACGAUACAAAAGAAAAUGGACCAAAGUCACUGCCGGUUGUGUAUAUUACAAGAAAAGAGUCCUUCUGUGCGAGCCAUAGACUACAUAGUCCAAAAUUGAGCGACGAAGAGAAUCGAUUAAUUUUCGGAAAAUGUAACAACAAGAAUGGACAUGGUCACAACUACAUCGUAAAAGUCACUCUCCGUGGGCCUGUUGAUCCAGUUACUGGCAUGGUUAUGAAUCUAACAGACUUGAAAAAGCACAUUCAGAGCGUUUUAGAUCCUCUGGAUCAUAAACAUUUGGAUCUUGAUGUCCCCUACUUUAAAGAUGUUUGUUCAACUGCUGAAAAUAUCGCUGUUUACAUUUGGAAUUGUUUGUCAAAGCUGUUGCCGGAAGGAUUACUUUAUGAUGUCAAAGUUAAAGAAACUGGGCGCAAUUCUGCUUAUUACAGGGGAGAGAGAGAAUGAACUAAAAAAAUAGUGACUUAAUGCAAAUGAUCUUGGUGAUGUAAUGAUGUAGGAGUUGUUGAGUUGCUUAUUAGUGAACUUAAGCAACUGGCUCAGUUAUUCAAAAGAUAGACAACGUUAUCCAGUGGAUAGCACAAUUGAUUUCCCCGAUACUUAUGUGCUGGAUAGUGAUUUAUUUGCUGGAUAACGCUAUCUAACAUGUGAACAACUGGGGCCAGGACGGGAGAGGAGAGAAGAUGGCAUUAAACCUUGUGUGACAAACGUGAUACCAAUUAUGUUUGAAAAAGCUUUCUGCCAGACUUCACCCUCUUUUCAACAGAUCUUUUCGUAAAAGAUCUGAAAACAGUAAAGUUAAGUGAAAAUCACAUUUGUCAUGCAAAAACAUUCUGCCAUCCUCUUCUUCCUGCUAAUGCUGUUGCAUAAACUCACUAUUAUCAGAACAUAAAAUGGUUAACCGCAGUUAUUAUUGAAUGCUGAUGGUGCCAGUUGAAAGAGUUGAUAAUAUAGUUGCAAGAGAUGACAGAAUUACUUUAAAUAAUUCUUUUAAGAUAGCUAUUUUCCCAUUAAGGUGCUCAAAUAAAGUAUCUGUGUCUAAUUUGGGUGCCUCAGGGUUAUCAGUUUCACUACUGUUAUGUGCUCCCCUCUUAAAAUUAAGUCUAUUAAUUGAUUUAAAUUUCUUAAUUUUUUUCCAUCAAACAUGCAUUAAAAAAUUGAGCUCAAGGCAGUGGAAAAAUUUCUCCUUCCUGGUCCUAAAAUCCUAUACUCAAAAUCCUUGCACCUGUUGGAUAAAAAUCUUUUGCCUUUGACUCCCCCCCAAAAAAAAAGUGGCUAAUAUUUAUUUGUGGAUACUUAGAAAAUUUUCAGUAAAUAAGCUUGAUACACAUAGAGUGUGAUUGUUUCAGUAUAAUCCAGUACCUAAAGAAAAAGCUUUAUGAGAUAAAUGUCGUAUUUCCCAUGUCAUGUGAGUGUGGGUCACAAUACGGAUUAUUGACCUUUAACACUUGGUUGCCACUCACAGCUUCCAGUACAAUACUCGCUGUCUUCCAAUGUGAACACACCUUUUGUCAAGUGCUCAUACCAGAAAUAAGUUAUUAGAUCUCUGUGCGUAUGUACUGUUUAUUACCGUUAAGUCCCUAACAGGAUCAUGGAGCACUCUCAUUUUGUGCUCAUGCCCAGGCACAAGUGCUUAAGCAACAAGUGCGAACAUAAUUCAGAGCCAUCUGACAGUAAAAUAGAAAAAAAAGUGAGCAAGGUUAAGAAUUAAUAUUACAAGAUGAUUGAAACUUCCAAUACUUUGGAUUUGUUAUGAAGUCAUAGUUUGUCAUAAAUGAUGUUCUACAGGAGGACAACUUAAACAUCAAAGGUGUGUUAACAUAAUGAAUUCUACUAAAAUACUUGGUAAUCAGACAAAAAAACAAGUCUAAUUCUCUAGAGGCUUAAAGUCUUUUGUUAAUUGGGGCUUGAAAUUCUUGAUGUAGAAAGCCUUAAGGAAUGCUAACUGUGGCCUAUCUCAUAGUUGUUGUGGACUGCAUUAAAAAUGUGGUCUUUGAACUAUAUAUCAAAGUGUAAAAAUUGCCUAAAAUUACCAAAACAACGUAAGUUUUAUGGUGUGAGCUGUUGAAAAAAUAACUGGCGUGGUCUGAUCUGAGACUGCAUUGCAUUUAUUAACACUCGCUGAGGUAUAACAGGGACUACCACACCUGCGCAAUUACAGUGGAACCUCUCCUCCGGGACACGUCUAUUCAAGGGACACCUCCAUUCAAGGGACACAUUCCCAGAAAAAUGUUCACAUAAUCUUUGUAUUUGUAAUCUCUAUUAGUAGUAGUAAACCUUUAUUUAACUAGGGUAACCUCCAUUUAAGUAUAUCUGUUACAAGAUUUUAAGUUAAUGAAAAAAAAGUUCAAAAUAAAUAAUAAGAAACUUUGUAACUUUUAAUAAUAGUACAGUAUAACAAUUAAAACUAAUUCUUAUUUAAGGGACAAUUAUUAUUCAGGAAAGGGACACUAAAAACUUUUCUUGGGGGUCCCAGUUCUUAAACCCAGGGUUAACCUUCAUUCAGCAGGGUAUACCUUUUUGCCUCAAAAACCAGGUUUAUUUCACCACCUUACAAAAAAGCAUUGAUAAUUUUAAGUGUACGCUAGUCAAAAAUGGCGACAGCUUUCAAAGCAUGCAGUAUCUCAGUGAUUUACUGCACUUGUGGGAAUUCAAAACACAAACAUCACAGAUAUAAUCUAAUCAUGAUUUUUUAUACCUUAUCUAUCUGGUUGAAAUAAUGACUGCAAAAGAUUCCAACAAAGAAUAAAGAAAAAUAUUUUACUGAUUUGUUGGUUAAUUAUUAACAAUCCCCAGCCCAACCUCCAUGAAGGCCGGACAUCUCUAUUUCAUUGAACACUUACCUUGGUCCCGAGGGUGUCCCUUGAAUGGAGGAUAUACUGUACUUUUAACAUAACUACUCUACUUUUUUAGCUGUAAAGGGGGGUUAUAUUAAUCAAGCUUCAAACAUGGCCAAUUAAUAUUUAACCGGCUUGCCAUGUUUCUUAAAAUGAAAUCGGUCACCGGUAGAUCAUUCAAUCAUAAACUUUCGAGAGUUUACAUUUUGAGCUCUCUGGAGAGGAAUAGAGGGUACAAAAUCACUAAAUUCCCCUUCAUCAGAAGCAGUCAGAGGUUCCCCUUAUCCUUCCCAGGGUAGGUGCAGGUCAGUCUUUUUACAAUUUGUUUUCUUAGCUUGUUGUUGGAUUCUCUUUGGUACCCAUGUUGGAGGAAAAAUAUUCGGACUCAACAGAGAUAAACACCAGUAACAAGCAAUGCAAUUCGAACCUUUCAAAACCGGUAACAUCCGGGCAAUUACUUUGAGAUAUGAGGUCACUCCCGACAAAACACUUCUGUCGCUCCUCAGUUACUGUUUAGAACAACUCAGCUACCCAUGAAAAAUGAUGUUUUGUUUUUGUUGCAUUUUUAGAUCCAUGUUUCAGACCCCAAGCACAGCUGGGAAAAGACUUUCAAUUUCGAUCACGUGUUUCCAAAAGAGUCUACGAAUCCCGAGGUAUGAGUUCAGCAAUAUUUCAGUGUAUUGAUAAUUUAUCCUAAUAAAGCACACCUUUGAUCUUAGCUAGCAUGUGCGGUGCUCAUUUGGGAACAAAACUUUUUCUUAUUACAGGUGUGCAGCACUAUCAGUAGACCGCUGGUCAAUGCCGCUCUAAAUGGCUUUAACGGAACUCUAAUGGCAUAUGGACAAACUGGAUCAGGUCUGAGAUACUUAUUACCAGGCACUUAAAUCUACAUUACAAAUUGAUUGCUCCAGAGGUGUAAAUUUCCUUCUUCGAGCAAUUAGCACAUCUCCUUCUCUCUCCGUCUUUCCCAUUCGGAGUAUGCUGACUUGAAGGUGGAGUCUGAAUACUUAGAAAAGAUGAAAACUAUUUUUAUUUUAAUAAUUGGCCAUUUCCCGUUUACCCCAAGCCUUAUUUCAAAGCGAGGCUAGGUGCCAAGCCAUUUACUCGAAAAUUGAUCUUUUAUUGUCAUAAAACUCAUUUUCACUAGCUUGAGAUACGUUUUACGCUUACUUCUAUCUGAAAGUGAGAGUUUUUGGAACUCGGAAAUGGACUAUUUACUAUUCAAAUCUCUCUUACGACUAUCUCUUACUCUCUCGUAUAAAAAUGGCAGGGAUGCUUGUCAGAAAACUACAAUAAAACGCUCAAAAGGAGACCAAUCUGGUUGUGGCUUAAGCUUAAUGAGGCUAUUUCAACAUUGCAUGAUGACCCGGGCAUUUUUCUUUUUAAUUUAGUUAUUUCUCAACGCAAAACCGCGAGACGGCGAGCAUUUCGUCAUUUCCAUAAUAGAGGGUCCCCCCCCACAUGGUCUGUCACCAGGCGAAACGAGAGCUUAGAGUUGGUUUUUGCCGUUUUUCAGUCUUUUUCUUUCUGCGUAUAUUAGCUAAGGAAACAUCUUUCGGGCACGUAGUAUUUUUUGUAGUGACGCCGACUGUCCUAGCAAUGCCCGUUAGCCUUACAUAGAGUUGAAUUUAUUGUUUCAGGAAAUGUAUUUAUUCGUUCGUUGAGUUAAAACUUCUCGUGUACGACAGAUAAUCCAGGAAAGAACUUCAAGGGAGCGAAAUUUAACUGGUAAUUGCUCCAACCCCCUCCCCCUUUUGACAAUGAUUAGAGGCACCUAAAUCCACCCGCAACCUUUCCUCUAACCUUCAAACGAAGAUACUUUUUUUCCGCUUUUUAUGAUCACAACUGCCUUUCAUUACUAGGUAAGACACAUACGCUGAUGGCACCAGACGGCAUCACAGCAGGAGUUAUUGAAAGAUGUUUCAAAAGAAUCACACAGGAUGAACGCCAUGAUUACAAGGUACAGUCUAUUGCAACCAUGUGUUCUUGCUUCUUCCAAAAGCUUCGCCCCUUGGUAGUGCAUGCAAUUUGUGUGAAUUCUAUCGUUACUGACUGGAAACUUAGAAGAAAACCUUUUUAUCAAUCAAACCGCGCUCUUAAGACGUACCGUAUGUCAUUUAGGAAGAGUGUAUAGGCUUUUAGCACAUUUUAGGAAUGGAGCAAUUGAAUAAUUAUAAGUAUGAAUCUGAAUCGUAGUCAACAGUUACCGGCACCGUACAAACGACGUAUUGACGAAAUCAAGCAAAACUAACUACAAGAGAACGACCGGACAACUGACAAUUUGACUGUGACAAUAGGCGGAUCAAAACGCACCAAUUACUGAUUACGAGCCUUCAUAGCCAAUAACAUCACGGCAUAACUGACAGAUGACCAAUAACAUCGCGACGUAAUUGACCAAUCAGGUCAAUAACCAGAGUAUAAUACCAUCAACUGACGUGGUACAACUCACUUUCACUCUGAAGAAGACUAUACCGCACAGGUUGUCGAAACGUCAGUCACUGUCAACAACAACAGUCCAAUUCAGGACUACGUUCACCCGGACGAUCAAACUCAACCUACUUUUGAAUAAGUAUUGAUCGUUUUGAACCAGAGCCCAUUAUUAGUACUUGAAUAUAUGUCAUAAAUGCCCUUCCCCUAAACAAUUAAGUUUACUCGUACCCGAAUCCAUGUAUGUUGUAAAUAAAUGAAAUAUAUAAAAUUUAAAACAAAAAAUGUGGUCCAUCCACUUAGCGGUUCUUCGUUUUCCAUUCCUGGUCGAAUUGGAAUUUGUAAAUUUUGUUUUUUGGGGAGAGGGGAAAAUGGGAGUCCCCGGAACCAACAACACACUAUAAACCCAAAAAAGACGUCGACGCAGGGAUUCGAACCCGGGCAACUUUGUUGGGAGGCCUGUGCUUUCCCGGCCCUUGCCAUCCUUGCUCCUCUAACAAAGAGGUUCAUUAAGGAUUGUGCCUAUAUGGAGACAACCAUCUGUAUCAAUGUUUCUUUCCAGGUGACUAUGUCAUAUUUACAAAUCUACCAAGAGAAGAUUUACGACUUACUUAACUCUACUAGCAAAAUUGAGUUAAGUCUCAGAGAACACCUUGUAAAAGGUGAGGACAUUUAUGUUACCUAUACUUGACUUUAUGUGCAGGUGAGGCUCUCAUUAGGGGUUACUAAACUACGGGAUAAUAAAGUGAAAGAUUAUAGGGAUACGGUAUACUUGGGCAAAAACUUAAUGUACGGCGUACGGGAGAAGUACGGACCAUGACAUACGUACGGCGUGCGGAGAGCAAAACCUGACAUGUUGCGGUUGCGUAAUGGUGUGCGUCUCGUGUUCGCGUCCUUUAAAGAUGGAAAUAGAAAAACAGAGAAACAAAUUAAAUUGUUCAGUGAUAAUUUGUGAGGACGUUACAAGUUACUAAAUCUCAAAUAACGGAAUCCGCAUAUAACUAGCAAUUAAGGCCACAGUUAGUGAAAAGUUUUCCUAACCCACUGUCACUGUCACUGGCUACUCUUUUUUAAUCCCCGCUUUUCGUUAAUCCAAAGGUGUUUAUGUAGAAAACCUUUCUGAGUUCGUUGUCCGAAGUCCUUCAGAAGUGUCCAGUCUUUUGGCAGUAGGAAAGAAAAGGCUUAUUUUUGCUGAAACCAAAAUGAACAGAAAUUCCAGCAGGUAAGAAAUGGCCUUUUUUACAUGUGAUUAUUUCAGUUAAAGUUCACCGUGUUGGCUAAACAAAAAAGAGAAAACAAGAGUUUGAAGUCUUUGGCUAUAGCGGCAUUGGGGGUGGUUGAGUUAACGGACUUUUCACUCAAACGUUUGAGUGCCUGUUAGAUCUUGCAUCACCUUAAAUUCCUAACAACCCAUGCUGGCUUUGUUUUCCUUCCAUUGUUUUCUGGCCCCAGUUGUUAAAAAGGUGGAUAGCACUAUCCACUGGAUAAAUCUCUAUCCACUGGAUAACGCGACUGGUUUCCCUAAUACUUAUCCGCUGGAUAGCGAUUUAUCGGGUGGAUAACGCUAUUCAGGUUUUGAACAUCCGGGGCCUGCACUAUAAAAUUUGCUGAUUUUACUCAAGUGCUGCCCUCUCGACGCGAUUAGAGCAAAGUUUGAGCCGUUGAUAUUUUUUUGUUGUCAUCGUUUAUGCUCAGGUCUCACUCCGUCUGUCAAUUGACCAUUGAGAGGACUCUAAACAAAAACAAACUGGCAGAAACAGAACAACUCAACAAACCUGGUAAGCAUCUAUUCAGUCUAUUAGUACGUCCGUGUUGAAUUCACGAUCUGUAGAAUCCACUACUAAUGCAAACAAGCCUGAUAAAUGGGUACUGUGCUGGUAUAGACGUUAAUCAGAGCCAUUGUCAGGCAGGUUCACCUUUUGAAGGAAUGAAACCCUUACGGUUGCAAAAAAGUUAGCAUUCUUAAGAAUCAAUGAUAAAUAGGAAUUUUUGACUUAAUCAGGCUUUCCUGCUUAUCAUCAGUUAACUAACUUUAACUUUGUGCUUUAGCCUUAGGUCAGGCGGCGAGAGAUCUCAAAGAAGGACAAGCAAUUGGAGGUGACACAAAAACAGAGGUAAAAACAUCAUGAAUAGAAGAUAUCGAAAAAAAAAAAACAACAAACACCUGAGCCCAAGAAACUUUUUCGUAUAUAAUUGUCUCUUUGUUUCCGUAUCUCUUCUUCAAAAGAGUUUCACUGUCAUGAGCUUAAAGACAUUUUCAAGAAUUCGCACGUAAACGGCUUUAGAACAGGACUAAGGGCCCUUAAACGAGGAAUUGAAGUUGGCCUAUUUAAAUUUCUAGAACGUGCGGAGGCCAGUCCUCAUUUUGAAUGCAUUUUUUGCUGAAACGGGAUCCAAAUUUGAAGACAUGCAUUAUUUUCUAAUUUGAACUUCUAAGCGGCAAAUAUCCUGCCAAGACCUAAGAAAGUAUACAAACCGGAAUCGGAAUCUAAAACUUUCCCUUUUUUUCAGUAAAUCAUGCGUCAUGGUAAGGUAGACAAGCCCAUAUGACAGUGAGAGAUGUACUCAAAAGAAAAUUGUAAACGAGACGACAUGGGAAAAAAUUUCUUUUUCAUAUAUAGCUUAUUCAAUUGAGGUUGCUUUGGGCAUUGGGAAUUGCGCAUGAGGAAUCUUUUGUUUGCUGGUCACUCAAGCAAAUCAUUGUAUAGCAGGUUUCGUAUGCGCAAAUACCCAAUACCCAAUUCUCGAUCUCCAAUAAUAGCCAAAGCAACGUGUCAGUGAAUCAUCUAUAUAUCCGUUUAAUUUUAGCCCAAACUCAGUCCUCCAGAGCAAAACAAGCUAAGAACAAACCUCAGCAUUUUUACCAAAUCGACAGCCUUGUUGAUGCCUCUACCAGCUACGGACCUGUCACUAGUUGUUCAUAAAGAAUACUUUGAUUUUGUUUUAAUCGUCGUUUCUGUUUCUCUUUCAACAGGUUUCAGAAAAUGAUACAAGAGAUGACGUCAGUGAUGAGGUAGUAGAGUAUUUGAGGACACUGUUUUGAAACACCUUUUGUUCUGAGGGAUGCUCAGGCAAAUAAUUCUACCUUAGCUGAUAAGAAAUCACCUGAUUUCCAUAUACUUGGAUUUAUAGAUGAAAGUAACAAUACCCAAUAUUCAAGUUUCCACUAUAAUGUUUUUAGCCUUGUGACGAUGUUGGGGGUUAUUGAACUUUUAUUACACCAUUAAUUAAACCUAUUAAAUGGCAUCCUUACUAUUAAAUGGUGUCAUUUUAAAACUAUUUUUGCAUUUCAGGGCACUUCUACAGAGGGUAACUCUUUGGCAAAAAUGGUAUCAUUUAACGAUGAUGUGCUCAUUCGAGGACGGAUAUAUUUGUGAGUAUUAUGUUGAGUUUAAAGCGCGUUACUUUUAGUCAUAGUCGGAAACAAUUUGAUAUUUUAAGGAGGACGAGCCUGGGACACACUUCCUAUUCCAUUUGCAAGAAUUUAAAACACUGAAAUUUCUAAGAAGGACCAUACAUUUCGAUUUAGUAGAUAUUGAAGUCUUACAAUUAACUGUACCUGCCAAAGUAGCCUGAGUUUCAUCCGCCUACUCUGCUCGCUAAGUACCAAAAAGGUUUCAGUAGAAAAAUAGCAUCCUAGACUGAUUCCUUCCAUAAAAAGAGACAGAAAAGCUAGCACAUUUUUGGAUUUUAACAUGAAUUUUAGCUUUUUUGUAACAACUUUAUAAUAAAGUAAUUAUUUUCAGUUGACAAAAAGCAAGGGAAAAACAAGAAACACGACUUUUAAAAAUGUUCAAAUUAAUCGACAGGAGCGAUUUGGCGGGCAGUGAGCGACUCAAGAAAACUCAUGCAGAAGGAGAAAGGCUCAGCGAAGCACAACACAUCAAUUCAUCUCUGCUAGAAUUAGGGUGAGACAUUUUUCAGUUUUGAUCGAUUCUCGUCGUCGUCAAACAGUCUUGCCAGAACAACAAUAAAGGACCGAAUGAACCAAACCUCGAUAGUAACACUAGUGUUUAAUUCUUUUCUAAGGAAUGUGAUCCAAGCGUUAGCUGAAGGAAAGAAGACUCAUGUUCCAUUUCGAAAUUCCACACUCACAAGGCUGCUUCAGGAAAGUCUGGGUGGAAACUGCAAAACAAGUCUCGUGGUAAGAUUUGGAAUUCUGCAGGCUUACAGUGUCACCUGUCUACCAUUUAAGCAUUCUUUUAGCUUGUUUGACAUGAAUUGAAAGUAGAAAUUUUGUAUCAUUAAAUAUAUACUUUGCCAUUGUUUCAGGUUUGUGUUUCGCCAACUAUGUGUGAUGUGAGUGAAACGAAAAGCGCGCUAUUUUUUGGUUCCCGAGCCAUGAAAAUAACCAACACUGCAUACAUCAAUGUCGAGGUGAGAGGCCACUAAUUUCCGUUAACCUGAGCAUUACUUGUUUUUUAGAUGGUAGAUGAUUCCUUAUGUGAGAUGACGUUCAUUUUUAUACCCAAUUAUUGUGAAUUGCAAUGAGGGUUACCUCAUAUUCGGCCGUUACCUAGAAAUCCUAGUUUCGUACUAUUUCAGAGCAAACCCAUCCAGUGAGGAUUAUGAGUUGUUUCUUUCUCAGGUUGAUUACAAAAGGCUCAGCCAGGAUCUGUCCAAGAUUGUAAAUAUGAAAGGUAAAAUCAGUUUAGGUUCGUUUGUUGCUCCAGUAAAAAGAGGUGGAAAGUGUCCAACAUUUCUGACUCGUGGAAGCUCCACAAAAAAACCUUUAACGUCGCAUCUUCAACGACAUUUCGAUUUUUCCAUAGUGGCUAAGUUUUUACCGGACUUUCUGCAACUUUAUCAGUAGUACUUGGAUUGUGUCCGAAUUAACUCGCUGAUGGUACAAGCAAAGAGAGGUGAUUUCUUACAGUAUUAUUUAUCUUCAUAUCUAUAUUUGCAUCCUACAGAGAAAGAUUUGGAAGAGUUAAAGCAGUCAUUCGAGAAUCGAAUUGAACGAAUCAAACACGAGGCGGAGACAACAAUAGCAAACGCGAGGACUGAAGCAGACAAAGUUAUAGCAUCUGUGAAAAGUCUCUGUGAAGAUCAGGUAACUUUAUUGGACCCCUCUUUGUUCAGGUUUUAAUAUCAAAAAGAGCUCAGUGUUAAGAAAUUUAUCAAAGAUUCCGCGACGAGUGGGAACGCCACCUGACUGAGUGAAACAUUGAAUUUAAAAUAACCGCUCAAAACAUCAAAAGAAGGCAAAAGCAAAUACAAAAAUAGGCACGGAUGGACAGACUUGAAGAAGAUUGAAACGGAUUGAGAUUUUUCUUUCUGAAAACCUCGGUUAGCCUAUCAGUUUUUCACAGUCAGUUUUUUUGUUUGUUGCGUUUGAUAUAUAAUGCUUGGCACACAUGACUCCAGUUUGAAACAAAGCUGUAAUUUUGCCAUGCACGAGUAAUUUCUCAAGUUCCAUAACGAAUAUCGACCGAUGCGUUGUUGGCAUUGUUAACAAAAAGGAACUAGACAACAGUAACACAGCCCCUCUACUGAAUAGGCCGGUGUUAGGAGUCUGAGCUGGGCUGGGUUGUUCACAUGCACAGAAGGGUUAACAUAACCCAGGAUUAGUGCAAAAUUUAAAUUGAAAUAUGAAUCUACAGUAUGAUGAUUAGACACUCUAAAAAGAAUAGAGGAAAUUAUACGGGUAAAUGCUUUUGAACAAAAGAAAAAGAACUCCGCGGGUUGAAAUUUAGCCCUGGGUUAGCGCUAAUCGGCCUUCGAGCAAUUAAGUUCAGUAGUUUACCUGACUUCUACAGUAAAAAGAAAGUUUUGACGAUCUCGUUUUAAUUCUUUGUCACAGGAAUCAAGACUCCAAAGCGACAUUGAAAGUCUAAACUCCCGUUUAGAAGAAGAGAGAGCCCUCAAUGAGACACAAAAAGGCGAGAUUACAUCAGUAAAACACAAACUCCAGGAAGACAUGUUUAGAGCAAGAAGCGCUCUAUUAAUCGACAUAACUUCAAUGCAACUGUUUUACGCUCUAAAGGAGCAUUCCUUUAAUGAGGUUCUUCUUUCUCCUGAGAGGGCGUUAAAUUCCCGCGACGUAAAAGAUAGUCCCAAUGAAUCUGUCGCAGCGAAAAACAAAGUUCUUCAAAAUGUGGAUUUGUUACUGGAAUUGUUCAAAAGUUAUCUGAACAUGAUGAAUGCCAAGAGUGAAGAAAUGUUCGAAAACUGCGGAAGCCUGCAUUUCUUGGCUGAAUCGCAAGACGUAAUGGAAGAGCAAAAAAUCCUCCAUAAAGUUGAAGACUUCUCUUUGUACUUGGCAAACAAAACAGACGAUGAUAAGGUGGUUGCGUCAUCACGAUGUAACCAAGUCAACGAAGACCACGAGUCGCACGAGGAGCGUAUACCAUCCAAUGAAGAAAGGCGUUGUGAUAUUGACCAGUACUCCAUAUUAAGGGACAAAUUGAUUACUCUCAAAAACAGCAUUGACGGUGAAGCUUUGAAUUUCCUGAAGAAGGUCUUUGAAUUUGAUGAUGAAGAAGAGCAAGGUAGCCAUCCGACGAACACGACGAGAAGAGAAAUUUAUAAAAAGAUCCAAGAGUUUAUUGAGCAAAGAAACUCUGCUUUCGGUAAGUGUAUUUAAGGAACCUGUUCAGGAUUUUUCUUUUAUUUCCCAAUUAUUAAUUAAAGAUGAAGUGUGUAAAAUUGCACAUGACAGUUUUACAUCAAAGUCCCCAGAUGUUGAAAGUGGCGGCGGUUGUUGGAAAGACAAAGUUGGAAAUGAUUUGUUACGCAUUUGUUGAAAGGGUUUUUACGGGUUUUGAAGAGGAAACCUAAGAAACUAAAAAAUUGAACCUAAUGGAUCAUAAAUUGUCUAGUGUUAUGAUCAAGUCCUGAUUCUAGUGUUACCUUGGGUAACAGAGAUUUUCUUGGGUAGUUUUGGAGAUGAAUAACAUUACAUUCAAAGAGAGAGCCCGGGUGGACAUUUAAAGUCACGAUACGUAUUAGUGGGAAAGUAAAUUUUCCGCAAUGGUGUGUCCCUGCCGACGCGGUGGUCCUGUUAAAAUUGCAAAAUUUGGAAAUCGUCAUUGCUGUGUAAAUAAACGUGAUGUGACUAAAUCUAUACGAGAUAGAGAGAAAGAGAAAAAUAUUAGGGAAGAUGUCAUCUAUAUCGGGGCGAAAAUACUCUUUUCCUGGCACUAAGCUAAUAAUAACUUUGUUCUUCAGAUUUUCAGAAGCCAACAGAGUUGCAAUUCCAGGCCGACACUCUUGCUCUGCUAGAUCACUGUCAUAGUCACGUGAUUAUAGACAAGGCCCUUCAAAGCGCGCUCUUGGUUCUGGAAAAUUACAUCAUUACAAGACGUUGUCAUGGUAUUCAGAAGCAGAAAGACGUUUUGGAGGACGAGAACGAAGCACUGCGGAAACAAAUUCAUGUUCUUCAAGGCGAAGUUGAGAAGAUGAAAGGAACACUCAGCGAAACCUCCAGUAGAUUGUGCGAAGUAAAGAGGAGUAAAGAACAUCUCGAAGAUGAUCUAUCUUCAGUGUUUCAGCUCUACAACAUGAGGAACAGCGAAUGUGACAACGAGGGAGAGGAAUCCGUGGAAGAUAGCAUCCUUAAUUCCAACAAACUGCAAGCAGAAAUUUCUACCCUGGUAGAAAGUAAUGAAAAGCUCACAGAGGAGCUUGCAACAAAAGAACAAGAGAAAGAAACGCUACAAUGCGAGCUUACAUCUGUUAAGGUGAGCAAUGUCACUUCUCUUCAGGUCGCUUUUGAGAUGAUGAUUAUUUGUUUCCUCUUCUCCAGAAUUAAUCAUAGUGUCACAGUUUCUUAGAGCUAGCGAAAGAGUCAGUGCUAGAGUUAUUAUUUUCUCGAAAGUUGAAGUGAGUAAAAAAACGAACUCGCGCGGAAGCCCUUGCUACGCAGUCUAUCCUAGAGCUUCUUAUUUGCAUGGAUAGGCUUUGCUAAACUAUUCUGAGUGUAAUAUUUUGUCAGGAGACGGAAAAAUGCAAGUAUAGGUUUAGAAACGCCUAGUUUAUUAAAAACCUAUUUCGAUUUGUAAAGAUAUAAUACGGCAGGCUUUCAUAUACAUUAUUUAGCUUCUCAAACUCUUCCCUCCUUUUUUGCUUUCCUUUUUUUUUUCAAAAAUAAACUUUAGGUCAAUUAGAGUGGCAUUUUUUCAAACCCACUUCACGGAAGUCAGUAGUGUUUCGCAAAUUAUUCGUGAAAUGUUUAUACCGCAGAGAGGUCUGUUUACAAUCAGUAACAUAUACCGUUAGAGAAGGCAUUGACAAAAAAAUGGCGCAAAGGCAAAGUACGUAGCAACCCCUCUUCUUUAUCUUUGAAUUUCUCUGUCACCUUUUGCGUGCCCAGUCUCCUUUUGGUUGCCUGUGGCCACAUGGAUCCAGCGAUAACGCGCGGGAAAUCGCCCUCCUAGCUACGAACGGUUUUAGUUUAUCUUCUGAUUUGUUCUUAAUAUAAUGGUUAAGAAAUUAGCCUCAGGUUAACGCAGCUAAUUGCAAAGCGACGCACCGCACAUACAAUAACACACAUAUAUAACGUACUUAAACAAUCCGGCUUACGAAGACCGAUGGAAAACUGACGUAGUAACGUACAACUUGACCACCACGACUGCUCGCACAUUGGACUUCAGAUACAGUAACAACAGAUCCUCCUAACACCGUAGUUGUACAAGGAGACUGCUUGGGCACAGUUGAACAACGACUCUAAACAACUGACUUACAUGACUUCAAAAUCCAGAUGCGCGGGUGAUACAUUGAAGCUCUUGUCAUCGCCGCAUCCGUCUCUGCUGGUCAGUUCAUUGCGAUUAAUAUUGACCAAAAAAAAAUGAAAGACAAAGCAAUAUUUGAAAACAUGAAAUGAAACAAAAAUGAAUUGCAUCAAUAUUGAAAAUUUUAAUACCAACGGAAGUGUUAUCAAUUCAUCAGGGUCCACGGAGAAGCCUGUGGGAUAAGAUGAAACUUAGACCACAUAAACAGGAGAAAAAUCAAGGCUGAUUAAAGAAUCUGGUUUUAUUUACUCAUUAUGACAACAUGAUGCAGACGCUUCCGUCUCUGACGUCCAGCCUCUCCAGUCUCUUUGAUUUACCAACCCAGUUUGGCGACAAAUACUAUGACAAGAAGAAUUCCUCGUGGUUGGUUUGAUACUCUGGAUGUAUUGCGGACCCGGUUUUUUCGGUUAAACCACUGAAGUUAUGAACAAUGACGCAGCAAGUGAAAAGAUUAAAAAAUGUUGCAAGGAUGGCAAGAUUAAGACCACUUGUUCUUCGACUGGAUUCGCCUCGAUGUGUUGCACUGCAAUUAGAGGAACCAGGAGAAAGAGCUAAUAUUGUUACCUGGCCAUAAUCGGGAGUUGAUGAAGGGUCAUAUGUUCCAUAAAUCAGUGAUCUCGCCGAUCAUCAACAGAAUAAGUAGAAUCAGGACGUUUUUCAGGAGACAGACAUACUUGCUAUCCAGGGUUUCUUUUGCGACUAUGAAAAGCAAAACACCUCUUGAGAAAAACCUAGAAACCUCACCUAAUAGGCUUACUAGUUGCACUGUUAGUAAAUGGGAGUUUAGUAUCUGAAUGUCAAUUAUGCAUGGGAGCCACAGAAGCGCAGUCAUUCAAUAAGAAUAAUCUAUCCAGAGCGUCAUGGGGGAAAGACGGGCAGGUGUGUCGGCUGGAAUGCGUAGAAUGAAAUUAGUUUUGUAUUUUGUUACCAGCCUGUUUUCUCAUUUUUCUUUAGUUCAUUUUUGCACGCAACAUAUCUUACCUUUUAUAUUUCAUUUUAUUUCAUGCACAUAUAUUGUAUUUAUUGUAUAUAAAACUGUAAGCAAUAUCAAAGAUUUGAUUACAAGCAAAAAUAUUCAAUUGAAAACUAUAUUCUCUUUCAGUUCAUAACAAAUACCAUUUAGAUCUAGAAACUUGAACAAAAUGACUCGCUGGAGAAGAUGAAACAAGAAGUAACUAUGAAUGUAAUGGGAAAUCGGCUAACCAUUUCAGAACGAAUAUCCUCAUCGAAAACUAAUAAAUAAGCUCCAAACCAGUCUCAAACGCAGUCUGGCGUAGAUGCUAUUCACGGCGCUGUAACUUUCAUUGGCGAAACUAGGGGAGGGACCCUGGGCCGACCAAAAGGCCGAACACCGCCAAGAGCAAUUGAGGCCCACGCCGGAGCUGAGAAACCGUUUUCAAGAGCCACUCAUCUCCAGGUCUUGAUGAGUGCUCCCUCUCUUCUUCCUUACUUGUCGAUCCACUUGAGACAUUUUUGUUCCGUAAACAUGGAAUACCUUUUUUGCGUAACAGUGUCUUUCUCAAAGAGAAUGACGCCUAACACCUGAUACAUGCGCCUUCGUGUUUCUGCAUUCAUCAGAUGUACACGACUAAAAACGCAGAAUAAGAUCCGUUAAGUGAUUCAUACGCAGUAAAGGCCUGGGUACUCGGUAUAUACCAGCACUAUAAAUUUGAAUAUGUACCAAACUGUACUGAAAAUUGUCAGAUAGAUAGCAAAGUUUACGCAGCAUCACCGUCGCACUUUAACUACAGUGACCCUCAUACCGCUAUCGUGCAAUGCUGUAGUAGGAUUGCUAAGCAUUGUCCCACUUGCUUUUGGUGCAGUAUUGCCCGCUCUAUACCAUCGUUUAAAUUUCGACUCUCUAGUACUCUUACUGAAGCAAAAGUGAAGUCGAUUUAUUUUGACCUCCUCAGAUAGAGUUUUCAUCUAUAGUUCCUUUUAUUUUAUUACGCCUGUUCUUCCGGCAAACAUUCGUUUAGGCCAGCCCUUCAACUUAAGAGCCCCUCUCAUGGAUUUUAAAACAGGCGUCUCCCUUAGGGACUUGCUUUCCAGCCGCUCUCCCCUCAAGGUGAAACACCAAAGUUAAUCGAAUCAAAGCUUAAUUUACCGGAAAGCCUGCUAAGAUUUGUAAAAAAUUGCAAUUUAUGUUUGUUUCCUUUGCAGCAAGAAUUACAACAGGCAAUGGAAGAACGCAUUCAACGUAAGCAAGACGUCAAGAGUACGCAAACGGAACCCGUGAAAGAGAAAGAACCGCCGAAUCCGUUGCAGUUUUUUCAAGAUGCUAAGAUUCAAGAGAUUCUGUCCUCUUUGCAUGAUGGCUACUCGUCGUCUUUGGAAAAAGCAGCUUCUGCCCUACAAACUAACGGCUUGGUUGACAUUUCAUCUUUGAGAGCAGUUAUCAAUAAACGCCUCGGAGAGGAGUGGUCCGUUCUUCUUCUUGAAAACGCUAAAAUGAAGUCAGAGCUGGAUAACAUUCGAGCAAGGAUAGAUGAAGAAAAGAAAGGCUUGGUAAACGAGUUAAAAGCUUUGAAAAUGGAUGGGGAAGAGAAAGGGAAAUCGCAGUUCGAGCAGAAAGGUGUUCCGAAAGACGGGGUCAUGCCACCGGAUGGCGCGGACUUAUCACAUCACGGAAGCGAACAGCCAGCCGUAGAAAUCAAGAUUUAUGAUAAUAAUAAAGUUAUCGCUAAACUUGAAAUGGAUAAUUUAGAACUUGCGAAAGGGCUGCAGUACCGAUACAACAGUGAAUCAAGCAAAAGUGAUCUUAAAGAUGGCAUGACAGAAAUCUACAGUGAGACACAUAGCGAUAAUUUGCCACUAACAAAAGGCGAGUUAGAAGUAAUUGUUAAAGAAAAGCUUCAUGAACUGCCUACAACGCAAAAUGAAAAUAAAAUGCUGAGAUGUGAACUGGAGUCAUUAAGGGACAGGUUCAUUUCUCUGGAGAGACGGUACGAAGAAUCUAAUAAAGAACAACAAUUUUUGGAAGAAAAGGUGGAAUGCUUUGAAGAAGAAAAGAGGGACCUUGUCAAGGAAUCUGAACUGUUAAAAGAGCGAUGCGGUAAGUUAGAAGAGCAUUUAAUUCAAUUCACAGCGGAGAACAAUCAACUGAAAGAAGAAUUAGAUGGCUUAGAAUCCAGUCUUGCUGAAGCACAACACGAAAAAGAGUCAAUGGAAAAGCAAAAAAUUGGAUUGGAAGAAAAAUUGCGCCAAGAGCGAGUCGAUAGCGAAAGAGAAAUUGCUUUGGAGAGAGAACAAAAGAGUAUUUACCAGACGAAAUGUCAAGAAAAAACCCUGGAAAUCGAGGAAGAAAGACGCUUGAUGAAGAUUAAAGAAAACUGCUUGAGUAAAGUGGAAAAGGAGUUAUCAAAGUCAAAGGAGAGCUACAAGAAACUUCAGGAGUGUAUUAGUAAGUUUGAAGCAGAAAAAGACGAUAUGGUGAAGGAAAUUAAUGGUCUAAGACGUUUGCAAGGCUUGCCAACUGUUAAGCGUACACCUAAUGAAAACGUCUCGCAGGCCGAUGGUAGAACACGAGAAUUGAGUGGAGAAAAACGAUCGCAGAUCAGAAAAAAUAACAAGCUGAACUCGGAACUGACGCGCGCCAAAGAGCAGCUUGUACGCCUUAAAACGGAACUAACUUUGUCCAACAUGCAGACGAGAAACCUAGGAACACAAUUAUCGUCGCUUCGCGAAGACAGCACGAGGCUAGAAGCAGAACUUUCGACAGUGCGAAUGUCUCCGGAUGAUUCACGAAAACGAGGAAAUACUUUCAGCUAUUACGAAGAAAAUGUGCGACUAGAGUUGGAACUUGGAGAAUCUAAGGAAAGGAUUAUUGACUUGCAAGAGAAGCUGCUGACAAUAUACAAGGAGAAGUUUUCUUUGGAAGAGAAAAUAGCGGUCUUGGAAGGUCAAGCCAAGAAUCCAAACCAAGAUAAUGGUAGUACUCCGCUGAAAGAAGUCGAAAACGAGAAAAAGGUGGUGUACGAGUUCAUAAACAACGCUGAAAAAUCAUGUGCCACACAAACUCCAGGCGGACUCCAUCAAGAACAGGGAGUCAAUUUGCCUGAAAUAAAAAUGUUUGAAGAAAGAAUUGAUUUGCUGGAGGCCGAAAAAGCGCAGCUUCAGAGACAUCUUGAGAUUACCAAAGCAGAUAAAAGUCGUUUGGAGGGCAUCGAGAGCAUCGUACAACAGUUAGUUAAAAUUGAUGAAGACCAAAAAAGGCUAAAGAGCAAGCUCAUGGGUUGGGUUAAAAAUGCGCGUGAAGAAAAAGUUACCAGUGGGAUAUUUCAUGAUUAUACAAGGGUUGAUAGCGAUCUAAUAGACUUCACUGCAGAAAAUGAUUCUUUCAAAGAAGAAGCAAAUACUUUGAAAGAAACAGUAGCCGAGCUUCGGAGCAAUUUGGCUGCCCUUGAGUUAAAGGUCGCUGUGAAGGAGAGUCUACAACAAAACACGCUUGACAAGAAAGCAAUGGCAACGUUGCUUGUUUCCGUAAAACAAGAAAGAGCCGAACUGCAAACGGCUUUGGAAGAUGUACUUAUAGAGAAAAAAGGGUUGGAGGAUGAACUUGAGGAAGUUAAGAGGGAGUACACAAACCUUCAGAGAGAAUGUACUUCGAUGCGUAUAACUAAGGGUGAUCUAGAACUUGAGAUUCUUUCAGACCUUACACAGAAGAGCAAUGAGUGUAGAAGCGAAAUAACAGAUUUUGCUAUAAAUGAUCUGUUGUGUUAUAGUAAUGGCAGCAUUGAAACGCCCAGUCAAGGGAGUGAAAUCUACGCCAGCGAAGCGAAUAUUGCACAACCAGAGGAAGGGAGAACUAUUAAUGGCACCACCGAUCAUUGCAAUCACUCAGAUGGAAGUGAACCCAAGGAAUUGUCUUCUAAACCGUUAUUAGUAAGUAUUUUUGCCUUUCUUCUACUUUAGUUUCAGUUUCUACUUUUAAUAGACUGUUUAUUUUUAUUUGUCUCUCUUUGGUCGGCCUUGACUCGACCGGGAAAAUAAAUCAGGCAUCAAGGCAAAAAGGCGGUAAAUGUUUCAGCCACACUUACGAGAUUACUGUGCAAAACGCAAAAAGAGGAAUAAAACAUGCGUCAUACACUACUUUAAUCCAUUCAUUAUCAUUUCAGCCAUUUUUGCGAGAUACUUCAGCUAUGAAAAACUGAUAUCUUUAAUUCAAUCUCUAUUGACCAUGUCCAUGAUAAAAAGAGUGUAGCUGCAAGAUUCGACGGUAUUGAAAAGUAAAACACAGGACGUAGGUCAAUGUACGAGCGACGGUCACGUUUAUAUCAAAUGACCCCAUUUUAUCAUAAUCAUCUUAUCGUUUCAGAGUGGAAAAAGACCGUUGCCGUCGCUGCAAGAUAAAGUUUCAAAAAGGCGUAAGUUGAAAUAAAUUUUAAAAAUCCUGUAACGAGUUAUUAUGGCUCUCAUACACAUAUUUCCAUAGUUAUUUUUUUACAUUUUUCGAGUAGUUAAGGAAAAAAUACGUUAGAUGUGAUACCUUAAAAUUUGGUUACCGCAUACAUUUCUUUAUUUUAGCGGUCCGUUAUUUUAGCGAAAUAUGCAGUAUCUUUCUAGGCAUGACUAAAAUAUUGGACGGAUACAUAAAAUUGUUUAAAAAGUAAGACAUUUAACAGCGUUCUUGUACCGGUUAAAAUUUCAUUUUUCUAAUGCAAAUUCUUGCUGCAAUCAGGAAUGGAGUUCAGUUUAGGCUAACCAUAGCUCUUUUGUUUGCUCCUUCGUAUAAUUUUUUGACAUGUUUUUUUCUCUAGGAGCUCUUCCUUCCGAGCCCAAUGAUGGCGAGACGGGCGUUAGAUCUCCAAGGUAACUACAACAACAGCAAAGAUACCUCCGUUUCGUAAAUACUUUGGACGGAUAUACUUUCUUCAACUUGCGUUAGUUCGUUUGAAUGCCAACUUACUUGUACUUAAUUCUAUCCAAAGUUAAAAACUAUCAUCAGAAAUACGAUCAUCAUUACUAUAAUGCUACGAUAAUUUACGAAAUAUGACAAGGUAAAAAGCUGGUAACCCUUACGUUUUUCUCGCAACUUCACAAAAGUCUAUAGAGGCCCCAAAGAGGUACCCCUACGUUACAAUUAUUGUCUCUUACAUUGGCAACGUUUGGUGGCCAUUUUGUCUUUGCAGAAGGUAAUAAGCGAUACGAUAAGUUGGAGGUAUGAUUCUAAAACAGGUCUAAAAACCAUUGAAGAAUUUCCUCCUUUCCGCGCAAUGCACAAUUUGUCUUUUCGUCUUCAAUAGUACAACAGCUGUGCUAAUGUUAACUGACCAAACUUAACUUAAUAUUUCCGCGAUAGGUCUAACAAGGACGAUAGCCAAACGAAUGACAAUGACCCACAACACACACCCAUUAUCUACGACCUAAUAACAGUUGAUGACGUUAACGAUGACAUAAUGCACGCUGACAUUCAUCACAGUGGGCUCGUGCGGGAAACUCCAAAAGGACAAAGAGAAAAACCCGAGGGAAUGGAACAAGAAGGAAGCACUUGUCUGAAAACUGAGGACGCUGACCAAGACUAUAACCGUGACGUUACUUUACAAGAUAACAUUGAAAGCAAGGAAAAACACAGUUUAGUUCAUGAUAUUGGAGGGUCAGAGUCUAUUAUAGCUCAAUCGGCUGAGGUGCUUGUCAAAACAGCCUGGACUAUAAAAAAGCUUUUCACGCGUCAAAAGUCACUAUCAGGCCCUCAUCAAAAACUGAAUGCGUUGGAAGAAUUAUGA